UGUAACCUGGUAUGAAAAUAUAUCUUUCUUUGUUUGAUAAUGCGGUCCACAGUAGGAUUUUAAGACUUUGGCUAUCAGAUUUUGUCAUCAUUCAUCAGUUGUGACAUAGUGAUUUAUUUUCACUUUUUAAAUUUUUCCUUUGAUUUUAUAAUGUACAAGCCCGGCUGUGACAAUCACAGUGUCAUUCCUUGUACUGGGCUCUGCUGCUUGGGAAGGAGAGUUACAAGCCAAUGGAAUGCGUCUUUAUUCAUCCUGGACUGUAUAUAUGUGGAACACAUUGGGGCUACUCUUUACUCCAAAAGUCAAAUAGCGGCUUACCAACAGGACUUGCUCAGCAAUCUUUAUGGUAACCCCCACAGUCGCAGUGAGAGCAGCAGACUAGCGACAGAUACGGUGGACCAAGUCCGAUUCAGGAUCCUGGAGCACUUCAAUACAAACCAAGAGGAAUAUACAGUGAUUUUCACAGCAAACUGCACUGCUGCCCUUAAAACCAUUGCAGAAUGUUUUAAUUUUUCUCAACCAAUGAACAACAUUGUUACAGAAAAGAAAGACCAAUCACAAGUUACGUUACAACCAAAAAAUCCCCAACAUGGAUGUUUCUGCUACCUCCUAGACAAUCAUACAUCAGUUCAGGGUAUGAGAGAAUGUGUAAAAGACAGGGUUUCAGCUAUCCUAUGUGUACAAGAGACAGAUCUCUACAACAAAGACAUCCCUAAAUCACAAAUUCUCUGUCAAAAAAUUCCAUAUCGCCCAGGAAAUUGUCUGUUCGUCUUUCCUGCUCAGUCCAACUUCUCUGGUCGCAAGUAUCCCUUAUCAUGGGUACAGGAAGCUAGGAGCCAGACAUUGGGUUUUCAGAACCAGUUCCUAGGAGACUGGUACACAGUACUGGAUGCUGCAGCCUUUAUUAGCACAUCUCCCCUGGAUUUAGCGGUCCAUAAACCAGAUUUUGUCACGUUGUCUUUCUACAAGAUGUUUGGUUUUCCAACUGGUUUAGGAGCCCUUCUUGUCAAGAACUCAUCAGCUCCACUUCUGAAGAAGACUUAUUUUGGUGGAGGAACUGUUUCAGCAAGUUCUGCUACAGAAAUGUUUCAUAUAUUAAGAUCAAACUUGGCAGAUAGAUUUGAGGACGGUACUAUUCCAUUUUUAGACAUAAUUGCUGUGAGACAUGGACUGGAUGCCUUGAGGAAAAUUGGAGGAGGUAUGGAAAGAAUUUCUGGGCACACAUUUUGCAUUGCUAAAUACUUCCAUCAUAAGCUGUCUCGUCUUUAUCAUGAUAGUGGUGUAGCCUUGGCUGAGAUUUACAGCAAUGGCGACUUCAGAGAGCCCUCUAGCCAGGGAGGGGUAGUGAACUUCAAUAUCCGGAGGGCCAAUGGCAACUACAUUGGAUUUGCAGAAGUGGACAAGCUGUCUCAACUGUAUAACAUUCACCUGAGAACUGGUUGUUUCUGUAACAUAGGGGCAUGUCAAAUGUUUCUCAACAUUUCCUCAGAAGAUAUCAAGACCAAUUUACAGGCUGGACAUGUAUGUGGAGAUGAUAUGGAUUUGAUUGAUGGCCAACCAACAGGAUCAGUGAGGAUUUCCUUUGGGUACAUGUCCACCAUUAAGGAUGCUCAACACUGUCUCAGAUUCAUUGUGGAGAACUUUCUAGAGAGUGUCAAAGUGAGGCCAACACUUACAGAGGACUGGGACCAGGUGGAAUUCGAGGAUGAACCUGAAUUUCCUCUGUCUAAACAAACAGACAACAGAAUAAGAGUGGGUAACAAUCUUGAAAGGGAUAUAAAUAUGGACACUAAUAACAAGUUCCUAAAGUCCAGAACUGUCAGAACAUUUGACAAGUCCAUUGUGACAGAGGGGAUCCAUUCCUGCACAGAGGACGCAAGAGUGCUAACCAAUAUAUGUCUGUAUCCAGUCAAGUCAUGUGCUGCUUUUAUGGUGUCUGAGUGGGAUAUUGGACCUAGAGGCCUGGUGUACGACAGGGAUUGGAUGAUUGUGUCUGACCAUGGUGUGGCCAUCAGUCAGAAGAGAGAGCCCAAACUCUGCCUGAUAAAACCCACAAUAGAUCUAGCACAGGGCACACUGACACUGAACUACAGAGAUAUGGAAGCACUGAUUAUUCCUUUACACAGAGAAAAAGAAGAUGGUCUCUGUCACUCUGCUCUGUCUUGUACCAGUAAAGUAUGUGGUGACAGAGUGCUUGGAAUUGAUUGUGGAGACCAUGCUUCCGAAUGGAUCAGUGAAGCUUUACAAAGACCUGGAUGCCGCCUUAUCCAGCAGAAUGAUGACUGCACGAGGACCAGUAAAUUGAAAGACAAACAGACAGAACAGACCCAGAAGGAGAGUUUAUCCUGGUCCAAUGAAUCUCAAUAUCUCUUGAUCACCAGACCCAGCAUACAGGACCUUCACAUCAAAAUCAAAGAGAGGCAGCAGAGCGAUAAAAUGGGGACUGCAGAAGAGAUGGAUCUGGAGAAUCUGGUGCACAGGUUUCGGGCUAACUUAAUAGUGGAUGGGGGAACCAGUUAUGAAGAAGAUGACUGGGAGAAAUUACAAAUAGGACAGCACACUUUUACAGGACAAGGCGGCUGCUCCCGGUGCCAGAUGGUCUGUUUGGACCAGGAGACUGGACAGAGAGGAAGAGAGCCACUCAGAACACUGGCUGUGGACCGGGGCCGGAAAAUUCCUUUUGGAAUUCAUGUCAGAAAUGAAGGACAUGUGGAGGGAGGGCAACUCCGAGUGGGGGACAAAGUCAGACUGUUGUGACAGAUGGAGGGAGGCCGACUCCGAGUGGGGGACAAAGUCAGACCGUUGUGACAGAUGGAGGGAGCCGACUCCAAGUGGGGGACAAAGUCAGACUGCUGUGACAGAUUUGUUGUAGUUAUGUAGCAGCUAAAUGUGAUAUUGUUAUUCUGUUUAUUGAUCAGAAUUAUUCAGAACAUACUGUAUGAUGAUUAUGUUUUUAUUGAUUUAUAUUCUGGAUUAGUUACCCUAAUACAACGGCAUUUAAUCAUUGAUCAUAUGCAAAGUGCCAUAAAAUAAUUCUGUAUAACUAUUACUUAAUAAUUGUAUACGGUACUUUAGAUUUACCUGUAUAACUAUUACUUAUUAUGUAUAUUUUAGAUUUACCUGUAUAACUAUUACAGUAAAACUCGAAUAUAGCGAACACGAAUAUAGCGAAAUUACGGCUAUAGCGAAGUGAAAUAGAUUUCCCCGGCAAAUUCUUUAUGUAUUCUAUAUAAAAAUCUGCACGGAUAUAGCGAAUUAUGGAUAUGACGAAGUAAAUUCCUAUUCCCCUUGAAUUAAAAAUGAACGUAAAAAUCACCUUUUAUAACGAAUUUAUUUUUUCCAUUUUAAACUCUUUAUGAUUUUUAACAAUCGUUUUCCAUUGACAUAAAGGAUUCACACUUAUUACAAAAUUUCUGUUUGUAAUUUUUCAAAAAAGGUUGUUAAUGCAAAACAAUACUUACACAUACGUUUAGGAAAUAUAUUGUCGGUAUUGUUUACUAUUCUCGUUAAUUAAAUUUGAAGUUUGAUUGCAUUUAUUUUAUCGUACACUCCUUUAUUUGUGUACAUCAACAAGUAAAUGACAAUUGCAAUAGACUGUACAUGUAUUGCGCAAAAUUGUGUUGACAUUUCUCUCGAGACAUGUUUUUGCAUGACUUAAUAAUCCAUCAAGAUAAAUUAUCAUAUAUAAAUCAAUGUGUAUAUAUCUUGUGUAAAAAUAUUUCUUCUCGAAAAUAUAUAGGCUUCAUUUCUCUUAAAGACAAUACAAACGCAAGUAUAUCAAUUGCUGCUUUCUUAUAGAACUGAUAUACAUAUAGAACAAAUCAGUUUUAUAACGAAUUUGUUAUAUUUGAAUUAUGAAUUCGCUAUAAACGUAUAGCAAAUUACGCUUAUAGCGAAUUUUUAUAGAGGGUCCCGAGAAAUUCGCUAUAUCAGAGUUUUACUGUACUUAUAAUGUAUACAUUAGAUUUAUCUGUGACCAUCACAUAUUGUGCUUCUCAUUUUACAUUCCCAUUUUGUGCCAGCAUUUGGUACCAGAAAAAGUGCCAGAAAGAGUAUUUAUUACCGCAUGUACUACAAUUCAUGUCCCUUAAGAGAGUUUCCUUCAGUUGUUUGUAAGACCUCAUCAUAUUCCUGUGGAAAUCUUACUACAGAUAUUUGACCAAAGGUGAUUUGCAUGCAUAAUUGUUAUUUGUAAAUGUUAUUUAUAUUACAAGCUUAAAUCUAUGCUACAUAAAUUAUAUUUAGAGGUUUUUAUAUGCCAAAAAUUUUUUGUUUUUGUUUUGUUUUGUAUUACAUUUUUUUAUGUGUAAAAGCCAGAUGAGGAAUGAUUUUGGUGCGGGUUUUAUCUUGUCUUGGUAGUUGCUUGUCCCACAUGUGUGAUUCUCUGUCACAGUGACGUUGUUAGAGAUAGAGACACACAAGGGAACUGGACAGUGAAAUUGUCAGGUAGGAGACACACAAGGGAACUGGACAGUGAAAUUGUCAGGUAGGGGACACACAAGGGAACUGGGCAGUGAAAUUGUCAGGUAGGGGACAUACAAGGGAACUGGACAGUGAAAUUGUUAUGUAGGAGACACACAAGGGAACUGGACAGUGAAAUUGUCAGGUAGGAGACACACAAGGGAACUGGACAGUGAAAUUGUCAGGUAGGGGACACACAAGGGAACUGGGCAGUGAAAUUGUCAGGUAGGAGACACACAAGGGAACUGGACAGUGAAAUUGUUAUGUAGGAGACACACAAGGGAACUGGACAGUGAAAUUGUCAGGUAGGAGACACACAAGGGAACUGGACAGUGAAAUUGUCAGGUAGGGGACACACAAGGGAACUGGGCAGUGAAAUUGUCAGGUAGGGGACACACAAGGGAACUGGACAGUGAAAUUGUUAUGUAGGAGACACACAAGGGAACUGGACAGUGAAAUUGUCAGGUAGGAGACACACAAGGGAACUGGACAGUGAAAUUGUCAGGUAGGGGACACACAAGGGAACUGGGCAGUGAAAUUGUCAGGUAGGAGACACACAAGGGAACUGAACAGUGAAAUUGUUAGGUAGGGGACACACAAGGGAACUGGGCAGUGAAAUUGUUAGGUAGGGGACACACAAGGGAACUGGACAGUGGAUUGUUAGGGGACACACAAGGGAACUGAACAGUGAAAUUGUUAGGUAGGGGACACACAGGGAACUGGGCAGUGAAACUGUUAGGUAGGGGACAAACAAGGGAACUGGACAGUGAAAUUGUUAUGUAGGGGACACACAAGGGAAGUGGGCAGUGAAAUUGUCAGGUAGGAGACACACAAGGGAACUGGGCAGUGAAAUUGUUAGGUAGGGGACACACAAGGGAACUGGACAGUGGAUUGUUAGGGGACACACAAGGGAACUGAACAGUGAAAUUGUUAGGUAGGGGACACACAGGGAACUGGGCAGUGAAACUGUUAGGUAGGGGACAAACAAGGGAACUGGACAGUGAAAUUGUUAUGUAGGGGACACACAAGGGAAGUGGGCAGUGAAAUUGUCAGGUAGGAGACACACAAGGGAACUGGGCAGUGAAACUGUUAGGUAGGGGACACACAAGGGAACUGGACAGUGAAAUUGUUAGGUAGGGGACACACAAGGGAACUGGACAGUGAAAUUGUCAGGUAGGGAACACACAAGGGAACUGGACAGUGAAAUUGUUAGAUAGGGGACACACAAGGGAACUGGGCUGUGAAAUUGUUAGGUAGGGGACACACAAGGGAACUGGACAGUGGAUUGUUAGGGGACACACAAGGGAACUGAACAGUGAAAUUGUUAGGUAGGGGACACACAGGGAACUGGGCAGUGAAACUGUUAGGUAGGGGACAAACAAGGGAACUGGACAGUGAAAUUGUUAUGUAGGGGACACACAAGGGAAGUGGGCAGUGAAAUUGACAGGUAGGAGACACACAAGGGAAGUGGGCAGUGAAAUUGUCAGGUAGGAGACACACAAGGGAACUGGGCAGUGAAACUGUUAGGUAGGGGACACACAAGGGAACUGGACAGUGAAAUUGUUAUGUAGGGGACACACAAGGGAACUGGACAGUGAAAUUGUCAGGUAGGAAACACACAAGGGAACUGGACAGUGAAAUUGUUAGAUAGGGGACACACAAGGGAACUGGACUGUGAAAUUGUUAGAUAGGGGACACACAAGGGAACUGGGCAGUGAAAUUGUUAAGGAGGGGACACACAAGGGAAGUGGGCAGUGAAAUUGUUAUGUAGGAGACACAAAAGGGAACUGGGCAGUGAAAUUGUCAGGUAGGGAACACACAAGGGAAAGUGUCAGGUGAAUGUUAGGUAGGAGAGAACAAGGAUACUGUUGGAGGUGGAGAAUGUACAUUGUAUAAGAUUUACUGUCACUGAUACAAGUUAGCAGUGUAUAUGGUAAGCAUUAGGUGCAGUGUUUUAUAAAUGCAUUUUCAUCAAGUUGCAAUUGAAUUUGUGCUAGCUGAUAGCAGUGGGUUUUUAGCUGCUUAUCAUAUGGCCACAUGUCUGGCGUGCGUUGUGCGUUAACUUUUUGGAAAAAGGGCUAUAUCUCAAGAACCCCUUAGCCAAUUUUUGUCAAAUUUGUCACAGGGUAUUCUUGGCCCAAGGGCUUUCAUUUGUACUAAAAUUAGGGUUGUGACCCUUUAACAAGGGGAGAUAAUUAGUAAAAUGCAAACAAAAGUAGUGGUUGCUAAAAAAUCUUCUUCUCAAGAACCACUGGGCAAAUUAUCACCAAACUUAUGCAUAAGAAUGAGGAUAGGUUGUAGAUAAAAAAUUGUUCAAGGCAUCAUCCUGGGGCAAAGGGUGUGAUCUUGAGGUCACUUCAAAGUUGACCUUAAAUUUUGUUUUGUUAAAACUUUGAUAUUUUGCUUAGUAUAAGAACUAGGAUCAUCAAAUUUUGUCAGUUGAUGCAUCUUAGGACCUAAUAUCAUGUUGUCUCAAAAGUAGGUCAUGGUUACCUACUUUUUGAAUUUUGCAGGUAAUUAUUAUUAAAUGCAAUAUCUUGGACACUUUUGAGCCUAUGAUCAUCAAAAGUUGUCAGUUAAUAGAUCAUGGGACCUUGAACUGCGUCAUGUGAAAAGUAUGUCAUGUCACCAUGACCUACUUUCUGAAUUUUAUGGCUAAUCAUUUAUGAAUACAUUUUAGGUUAUUUCAGAUACCGAGAGGUUUAGAAUCAUCAAACCUUGUAAGUUGAUGUGUCUAGAGGCCUCGAAACAUAUUCAUUAAAAAAAGUAGGUCACAGUGACCUACUUUUUGAAUUUUGCAGACAUUCAAAUUUCACAUUUUCAAUUUUAGAUAACAAACACAGUGACUCAGUAGUUAAAUCAUUGAGCCCUGCCAAUACCUUGCCCUUAUCAAAUUUAAGACACGAAAACAGGUAGUGCCUGCUUCCUCACCAAAUGCUCGACAUUUAGUAGGUACAGUCACAGGUGUUUUUGGACAAGACUUUCAAAACUUAAGUCCCAUGUCGUGACAGGUGUUAGAACGAUGUAGAACCUUCACUGCUACAGCUCUGAGUGCUGCAUGUAGGUCUAAAUUUGUGGUACUUCUUCUGGUGUCGAUGUCUAAAUAUUACUGAAAAAUUCCACAAGGGACGUAAAACAAAUUUAUUCUGUGAUAGAACAUAUCUUGCCAAUGAAUGUAAUGUAAUGUAAAACUGUUUUGAAAAUAGUUAAUAUAUUAAAUAUGCAUACA